GUAGAUCGAGAACACGCAAUCUGAGUUGAAAUCGUGCCUCUUUGGAGUAUCCUUCAUCAUCUGACUCCGCGGAGUUCCAAUACGACAUUCCGAUCUUCCAGCUCGCCCCGGAUAGCGUUGAGAUGCUUUCGUCGUCCCUGCGGGUUGCCCUGAGGCCCGCUCUGCUCUCAAAUUCGUGUCUUGGCGCUCUGAAAACGCGGCAUGUCUCCACAUCAGAGCUCCUUCGAGAACUCGGGAAAAUAACCUGUGAUCGAGAUGUAUCGACGAACCCGAAUGAUCUGCAGCAGCAUGGCAAAGACGAAGGUCCGCACAGAGUUUCCGAGCCUCAAGUCGUGGUCUUCCCGCAGAACAAAGAGCAGGUGGCUGAGGUGCUGAAGUUCUGCAAUCGAAAGAGAGUACCGGUGGUUCCAUUCGGCUCCGGCUCAGGACUCGAGGGCGGUGCUUCAGCUCCAACUGGAGGAGUCGCAAUCGAUUUGCGAUCGUUCACUAAAAUUCUUCGGGUCAGCCCAGAGGAUUUCGACUGCACUGUGGAGGCGGGAGUGACUUGGCGGGCCCUGAACUUCUUCCUGCGCGACCGCGGACUGUGGUUCCCGGUAGACCCCGGAGCCGACGCAUCUCUGGGUGGCAUGUGCUCAACGAGCGCGUCGGGGACCAACGCGGUACGCUACGGAACGAUGCGUGAAAACGUCCUCAACCUCGAAGUCGUGCUGGCCGAUGGGAGAAUCAUAAAUACUGGCGGAAUCCAAGGACGAGCGAGGAAGAGCGCCGCCGGAUACAAUUUGACGAACUUGUUCGUGGGUUCUGAAGGCACGCUAGGGAUAAUCACGGCCGCAACUUUGCGCCUGCACGCCAUUCCUGAGAAACAGGUCAGUGCCGUCGUCCAGUUCGAAACUCCUCGAGCAGCUAUAGACACCGUGGUGGAAAUUCUACAGAAUGCCGUACCAAUCGCUAGAGUUGAGUUCAUGGACGAGCGGACGAUCCAGGCCUGUAACGCCUAUUCGAAAACAUCGCUCGAAGACAAACCGACGUUGAUGCUGGAAUUCAAUGGGAGCCAAACUAGCGUCAGCGAACAAAUAGAGACUGUCGCUAGUAUUUGCGAGGACAACGGCGGAACUGAGUUCAAAUGGGCUGAGGACCAAGAAGAGCGUAACCUUCUAUGGAAGGCCCGUCAUUCUGUCUUCUACGCGACGUGUGCUCAGCGUCCGAAUACGAAGUGUUACGUUACCGACGUAUGCGUUCCGAUUUCGAAGCUCCCAGAGCUACUUGCCGCCACCAAGGAAGAUAUAGAUCGAUCGGGUGUAUACGGGACAGUCGUAGGGCACGUUGGUGACGGGAACUUCCACACGAUGCUGCUUUUUGAUCCCAAAGAUCCAGCCUCGUUCCAAGUCGUUCACGAGCUCGGCGAGCGGAUGGCCCUGAAAGCAAUCGAGCUCGACGGUACGUGCACGGGGGAGCACGGUGUCGGUCUCGGGAAGAAAGAAUUGCUGCUCAAAGAACACGGAAGCGACUGUGUCUCUGUCAUGAAGUCCAUCAAGUUAGCCCUCGACCCGCACAACAUCCUCAAUCCCACCAAAAUAUUCGACUAAUCGAAUUUUUAGGACUUCUCGCAUCUCCGUUGCUCGAGACCUGGAGUCCGCUCGGGUACUCUACUCGAUCAGCUAGCUCAAAUUUCGUUUUGAGAUUUGUGUGUAGAAAUAUAUGCCUCUACCUGACCGAGAUACUCGCAGAUCGAAUAAAUCAGGCUUCGA